UAUACAGCUGUGUUAUUUAAAAUAAAUCAAUUAUGUACUAAAUUGUGCUCCUCAUUGAUAAGAGCUAUGCUACAAAAUCUGUUAUGCGCUCAUAGAAAGGAAAAUCAUUAGUAUAGAGAAAAUACGGGCCAUAUGCUACCCUGUAGAACUGAAGAAAUGGAUGCCCUGGAGGCAGUAUAAUUUAAAAAUUUUGUUUUUAAAAUUUCACCGUUGAUGCAGUUACAGCUUGAACGUUCACAAUCCUGCUAGUCUGCCUUUUAUCACUCGCUUUGUUCCACCUUAAGCUGUCUGUGAGUUAUGUUGUUUGGGAAGACGUAUUCCUUACUAUAUCUUGUCACUUCUGCAUGCAAAAUUUGGUAAGGACUUCAAAGAAAAUGGGAGAUUUUUUUCAUUCAUCCAUCUCUAAAAAUACAUGCAUCGAUUUUCAUAAUCAUGUUGCUCCACCUAUCAUCAUUCAAGGGCCAAUUGUCCAUAGCGUUUCGAAAGACAGAAUCACAGCUUUAGAAAAUAAAUUAAUUGCAGUAAAAGAUGGCAAGAUUGUGGCUUUGGAAGAUAGUGAGUGUAUGGAUGAAAUUCGAAGAAUGAUUGGAGACAAUUUUAUUUUUUUUAAACUGGAACCUGGUAUGUUUUUGUGCCCUGGAUUUAUAGACGGACACAUUCAUGCUCCCCAAUUUCCAAAUGUGGGGCUAGGCAUGGAUAAAAGUUUAUUAGACUGGCUUAGCACAUACACAAUUCCACUCGAGAAAAAAUACAAGGACGUGAACUUUUCUGAAACUGUUUAUAACUAUGUUGUUGAUACAACUCUCAAAUGUGGUACGACGACUGCUUGCUAUUUCUCCACGAUUUUUAAAAAUAAUUCGAAGUUACUUGCUGAAAUAGUUAGGAGAAAAGGCCAGCGAGCGCUUAUCGGGAAAGUUAAUAUGAACCAGAAUUCAGUUUUAGAUUACUUUGAGGAAACGGAUGAAUCACUGAAAGAAACAGAAGAGUUUGUCAAAGAUGUUUUUGAAUUAAAUAGCUCUCUUGUAGAACCUGUAAUAACUCCACGAUUUGCAAUUUCGUGUGACAAGGAUCUAUUAAAAAAACUCGGUUCACUUGCUGAAAAGUACGACCUAUAUGUUCAAUCUCAUAUUUCUGAAAAUUUGGAAGAAAUCAAACUUACAAUGGAACUGUUUCCCGAUUGUGCAAACUAUGCUGAUGUUUAUGACAAAGCUGGCUUGUUGACUAACAAGACUAUUUUAGCCCAUGGUGUUCAUCUAUUGGAUGAUGAACUGUUGCUGUUAUCUAGACGAGGGACAGCUAUAGUGCAUUGUCCAAAUUCCAAUACUUAUUUAAAAAGUGGACUUUGUGAUGUUAAAAGACUAUUGGACAACAAAAUUAAAGUAGCUCUGGGAACUGAUGUAUCUGGUGGAAUUAGCCUGAGUAUCAUGGACGCAAUGCGUACCACCCUUGCAACAUCAAAUCACCUUAGUAUUUUAGGCAAACAAGUGAAGCCCCUCACCUACCACGAAGCCUUUUAUUUAGCCACUUUAGGAGGCGCAGAGGCUUUAAACAAAGAAAAAACUAUUGGAAAUUUCCAAGUCGGCAAGGAUUUUGACGCACUUGUUGUCGACAUGGAGGUCAAAGUUGGCUCUAUGAGUUGCUCCCUUGCUACUCACAACCUGCUUGAAUUAGUACAAAAAUUUAUAUAUUUGGGAGACGAUCGAAAUAUUAAGAUGGUUUUUGUUCAAGGAAAACCUGUGGUCAAUAAAUAAAGUCAAGCCUUCCACAAUUGAAAAGGUGCUCACCCGUUAUUCCAACCUUGUGGCACCUAUCUGGUCACUUUCCGACCAGAAGGUGCCCUUGCGUUUUUCUUGUAUGACCUAAGCAUAAUCUUGUAAAUGUGGCCUUUUCCUUUUUUCCAGGGGCCAAUAUCUUUCUUAACCUGCCACUGUUGGGCAGGGUUAUUUUUAUUUUUAUGAACCCAGUGGUUUUUCCAUUCUCCUAUUACUUGAAAUUAUAGUUUUAAAACCACUGGGCAUCCAGGGUUUUAAAGAUGAUAUCAUGGGGUCUUCUGGUGGCUUCUUAUAUAACAAUUUUAAUUGUUAAUUAAAUAAUCUUUUAUGUAAGGUAUUGGUUGAAAUGAAAAAGCUAGUGUCGAU